AGUUCUGUUCUGUUCUGUUCAGCGUUCAACGUUCAGUGUUCAUCGUUCUGUGUUCAGUGUUCGUUCUGUGUGUGUUUCAUGUGCGGUGCACGGUGUGUGCGGUGUUCAGUGUUCAGUGGAGUAACGACCACAGCUGCAAACGGACGUGUCGUGACGUACUCGAUAAGAUAAAACACACACAAUCCAAAUCCAAUCCAAAACGAAACAGUUCAACAUCAAAUUACGAAAGUAAAUAAUCAAAAUUAAAAAUCAAAAGUGACAAAAUUAAAAGACAAGCAAAUCCAAAUCAAAAACGAAACAUCAAAUUACGAAAGUGUAAAUCAAAGGUGACAAAAUUAAAAGUUUCAAGUGUUUGCACCUUGAAAAUCCAAUCGAAGUGUUCGUUGCGGUGUCGUCCUCGUGAAGCGCGCGUGUGUGUCUGUGUGACAAAAUUUCGACGGCAUAAAAUAUAAGCCCGAGCUGCACAAGAUUCAAAAUGCGUUUCAGUGCGUGGGCCUAAAACAAAGCAGGGCGAAAACAACGUUUCAUCUGUAAAACACUCUCUUACUCUGUCCUCUAAACUAUAGCCUAUAACUAGACCAGCAAAUACUAUAUACUACUAUAUAUAUAUAUAUACUAUUCGAUAUAUACAACAACUCGACAACUGUGCGUGUACUUCUUAGUCAGCUAUCUCGCAGCACAGACAAAUAAGCGUAGCGUAUUAGAGCGUCCUUUCCCAUACAAAUGCUGCCAAUAAACGCCUAAAAUCAGCCCAAAUAAUAAGCCCAAAACACAACCAGAAAAUAACUGUGAUCAUAGCCUAAAACACGCAACAACAAUAACAACAACAACAACAACAACGACCAGCAAACCAGCAACCAGCCAGAGGAAGAGGAGACAAUGAGAAUGACCAUCAGAAGCCGCUAAAGAACUCAAGGAACUCUGAACACUCAAAAGCAAAUCGAGAGCCAAAACCGUGCCACACUCACAAUUGAUGCCCAAUUUUACUGAAUUUAUAGAUCUGCAGAUACUGUAAAUACAGUAAAUUGAAAUCAAUUGCGCAGAGCAAGAGCCAAGACGACGACAGACAAUUAAGUGGCAAAGCAGGCUGGACGGUGGUGGAUGUAAUGACAACAAUUGACGCGAUGUAGCGCAGACUUAUGGUCGGCGAACGCGACAGGGACCGUGAGGCGGUACGCUGGGCAACGGGUGAAACAACACCGCUUCAAAACAAUAAUGGAGUGUUACAAAUGGUCGGGCAAUUGCAUGGUGGACAGGCUGCUAGCCAACAGCAGCAGCAACAACAGCAACAACAACAACAACAAACUCAACAACAGCAACAACAGUCUAAGCAACAGCAACAGAAACUGCAGCAACAGCAACAGCAACAGGAGCAACAACAACAACUGUUUUAUCAGCAACACGAGACAACUGCGCGUGGACUGCAACUUGCGAGCACAGCCGACGGCGGCGAUAAUCAGCCCUAUUACGAUACAAGCGGUAAUGUCGAUUGGGAGAGAGCGAUGGGAGCCGGUGGAGCUGGUUCAUAUGGUUGCAUCGGCGGAGGUGUCACAGCAACUGGCGGCGGUGCUUAUAACAGCAAUGCAUCUAAUGCCAUCGGCGGUGCUGUCCUCAACAAUCGUCACCUGGAUUACCCUGAUGGCGGCCACCUUGCUGGCCCAUCCGCCGCAGCAGCGGUUGCUGGCCAUGGCCUGGGAGCAGCUAACACAGCUGGAGGAUCGCUGCGACUCGUCGGCGUCGGCGUCGGCGUCGGCGGGGGAACGUCGUCGUCUGUUGGCACUGGCGGUGGCAGCACGGGGGCCAUUGGCAAAGAAGUUCGUUACGCUCCAUUCCCAGUUACAUCACCAACGCAUUCAAAUCCCACAACUUCCCAGCAGCAACUGCAACAGCAACAGUUGCAACAACAAAUGGCACUCGGAGGUGGUGGUGGUGGAGCCGGCAGCGGCAUUGGUGGUGGCAGCAUUGGCGGCCCCGCUGGCAGCCUCGGCGGCGGCGGUGGCGGUGUUGGUAGUGGUGGUGUUGGUGUUGUCGGCGUCGGUGUCGGUGUCGGAGUUGUUAUGCUGCCACAAACAGGUGGAGGAGUCGGAGGUGGAGGUGGAGGUGGCUCAAAUGCCGGCGGCAUUAGCCACAGCAAUACAACGGGCGCUCUGCAGCGGACACAUUCCAGAUCCAUGUCCUCCAUACCGCCGCCGGAGCCGUUCAUGAUAGCGCAAUCGAAGCAAAUGAACAGCCGCGUCUCCAUCAAUGUUGGUGGCGUUAAGCACGAGGUGCUCUGGCGCACCUUGGAACGCCUGCCGCACACGCGUCUCGGCCGGCUUAGGGAGUGCACCACCCAUGAGGCCAUCAUUGAGCUGUGCGACGAUUAUUCGCUCGUCGACAACGAGUACUUCUUCGAUCGCCAUCCGAAGAGCUUUAGCUCCAUUCUCAAUUUCUAUCGCACUGGCAAAUUGCACAUUGUGGAAGAGAUGUGCGUGCUUGCGUUUAGUGAUGAUCUGGAGUAUUGGGGCGUUGACGAACUCUAUCUCGAGUCAUGCUGUCAGCACAAAUACCAUCAACGCAAAGAGAACGUGCACGAGGAGAUGCGCAAGGAGGCCGAAUCACUGCGUCAGCGGGAUGAGGAAGAGUUCGGCGAAGGUAAAUGCGCUGAGUACCAAAAAUAUCUCUGGGAACUGCUCGAGAAGCCCAACACGAGUUUCGCUGCGCGGGUUAUCGCAGUGAUAUCCAUACUAUUCAUAGUCCUGUCUACCAUAGCCCUGACGUUGAACACCCUACCACAACUACAACACAUUGACCAUGGUACACCACAGGAUAAUCCGCAAUUGGCAAUGGUUGAGGCCGUGUGUAUCACGUGGUUUACCCUUGAGUACAUACUUAGGUUUAGCGCCUCGCCGGACAAGUGGAAGUUCUUUAAGGGCGGCCUUAACAUAAUCGAUCUAUUGGCAAUACUCCCAUACUUUGUUUCGUUAUUUUUAUUGGAAACGAAUAAGAAUGCAACGGACCAGUUCCAGGAUGUGCGCCGGGUGGUGCAAGUAUUCCGCAUCAUGCGCAUCCUGCGAAUCCUUAAGCUGGCCCGUCACUCAACGGGCCUGCAGUCGUUAGGCUUUACGCUGCGUAACUCAUAUAAGGAACUCGGUCUACUAAUGCUGUUCCUGGCCAUGGGCGUUCUCAUAUUUUCUUCGCUGGCAUAUUUUGCCGAAAAGGAUGAAAAGGAUACAAAAUUCGUUUCAAUACCGGAAACAUUUUGGUGGGCGGGUAUUACAAUGACAACUGUUGGCUACGGGGACAUCUAUCCCACAACUGCACUGGGAAAGGUUAUUGGUACUGUGUGUUGCAUAUGCGGUGUUCUGGUAAUCGCUUUGCCUAUUCCCAUCAUCGUUAACAAUUUUGCUGAAUUUUAUAAGAAUCAGAUGCGACGCGAGAAGGCCCUCAAGCGACGCGAGGCGCUCGAUCGUGCCAAACGCGAGGGUAGCAUUGUCUCCUUCCAUCAUAUCAAUCUAAAAGAUGCGUUCGCCAAAUCAAUGGAUCUCAUCGAUGUGAUUGUCGACACAGGCAAGCAAACAAAUGUUGUGCAUCCGAAAGGUAAAAGACAAAGCACCCCCAAUAUAGGCAGGCAAACCCUUGACGUGCAAAGCGCUCCAGGACACAAUCUCUCCCAAACGGAUGGGGAUGGCAACAGCACCGAGGGCGAAUCAACCGAUCGCAAUCCAGCAACCACAGGCACCGGCUGCUAUAAGAACUAUGAGCACGUAGCCAACUUGCGUAACUCCAACAUGCAUCACCGCCGCGGCUCUAGCUCCGAGCAGGAUGCAGUGCCGCCUUACAGCUUCGAUAAUCCCAAUGCCAGGCAGACCUCAAUGAUGGCCAUGGAGAGCUACAGACGUGAGCAGCAGGCGCUGUUGCAAUCCCAACAGCAACAGCAGCAACAAAUGCAACUGCAGCAGCAGCAACAGGAGCAAAAGAAGCUGCAGGCGGCAGGACAAUUGCCAGCCGGAGGAGUGGCCAACAAUCUGGCGAUGGUGGCAGCUUCAAGUGCUGCCACAGCGGUGGCAACAUCCAGCACUGCGGGACAGGAAAGUGGAGCAGGAGCAGGAGCGGGAGGAGGAGUUGCUGCGGGAGGACAGGCAGAGGAUGCGAUGACCAUAGCGUCGAAUCAGAAAGGAUUGCCCAUACAGAUGAUGAUAACACCAGGGAUUUUACGGGGACGCAGUAAGGAGGAAGUGGCCGAGUUGCGUCGCCAAGUGGCGCUCGAGAACCUGCAGAACCAGCGCAUGGACAAUCUGGAGCAGGAUGUGCCCGUGGAAUUCGAAUGCUGCUUCUGUACAACCAAGGACUUCAAGGAGUACACCGAUGCAGAGGGCGUCAUCUCGCUUCCAACCUCCGACUUCCACAAGCCCAUCUGCCUGGAGAUGCGCAUGGCGGCGGCCAAUCAUCAUCAACAGCAGCAACAGCAGCAGCUGCAGCUGCAGCAGCAGCAACAUGCCAAUCGACAGGCCAAUCAAUUUGGUCUGUUGCAACCUCCGGAUGUUGCCACCGCGUUGCCUCCGCCUCCGCUGCCGCUUCAACUGUUGCCAUCGUACUCAAGUGCAGCGAAUGCUGUGCCCAUCAUUUCGCAAUCAUCGUCGACAUCGUCGUCGUAUGGCACCACAACGUCCACGACCAUUGCACUGCCACUGGAGGCCACUCAACGGCAUUAUGGGGCGCCCAUUGCCAGCAACUUCAAUCACAACUACAACAACAACUUCAACACGACGACAGUCGGAGCGGGUCUCGGAGCUGUGGCCAGCUCUGGCCACCAGACGGCAACUGGCAAUGGAUUGCUGCUGUUUGGCAACGGCAACUAUGCGGGCAUCUGCAGCAGCGUCAGCGGUGGCAGCAACAGCAACAACAACAACAACAAUGCGGAUCUCGCCAGCGUCGACAGCUCGGACACUUAUGCCAGCUGUCAGACGCAUCCGUUUCUGUCGCAGGGCGAUCUCACUGCCGACUUCAACGACGAGGCCUGCGCCUUGGACAUUGACAUGGACAAUCUGUACAUCAAUCCCCUCGAAAAGGAAUCCUGCCGCUCCACCAACAUCAGCAGCUCCACCGGCUUCAUUGUCGGCCUUCCGCCCACGGUCUCUGCCUCUGGGCUCUCGAUGCGUGCGCAGGUCAAGAAAAGCGCCUCAGGUGACACAGCGCUGCGAAAUCUUGCUGCUGGUGGCCUGAGUCCUUUGGAUGAUGUCUAUCAGAACUUUGAUGUGCAGGAGCGUGGCAGUCGUGUCAGCUUGAACGAGAACUCAGUGCCAAAGCAUCGCAAGACGCGUUUCCAGCAGAGCUUCACCGCCAUGCGACCCAGCUCGAGCAGCGGCAGCAGUAACAAGCCACGCGCUCGCUUCGAGGACACCAAAUUGAGCGAGGACAAUGUGCGCGGGGGAGUCGAGGGCGCUGCUGCCACUGGCGGCUCUGCAGUGGCAUCUGCAGCGUCUACAAGCGCCGCUGCCGCUGGCGUCGGCGGCAGCAAGAAGAAGCGCUCGGCCUUUAUGCCGGGCAAGAGCUUAGCCACUGCCACCAAACUGAUUAAUCAGCGUUUGUUCGGCAUACAAAAUGCGGGCGCCAAAGCCAAAUUUGAGAGCAAGCAUUCCUCAUCGAUAGACUCGAUUGAUGCAUCGCCGAAUCUGGAGCAUCACAGGCGCUCCAAGUCGAUACUGAAAAACAAGUCUGAUGUCUCGCGCGUGCUGUCCGAUCCCGAAAGCGAACGUCUCUUGGCGGACAAUAUGUCCGGCUCUGGCGUAUCCGAUAAUGGCACAGUCAUGGGCGAAUCUGGCAGCGAUUACUCACCGAAUAAAUUACCUCAUUCAGUUUUAGCUAAGUCUAUAUCCCCACCACCCCUCAGGCAUCGCACCCUAAUGCAUCAACGCUCCGGUCCCGCGACACUGCAAACGAAGCCAACCAAAUUCCAAACUCCUCGCUAUCCCGAGGAGCAAGCAUUGCGCCAAGUGAAGCCUCCCGUGCUCUCUCGUUCCUCACUCUCGGCACAGACAUCAACCGAUGGUCGCUACGAUCCGAGUCAGACCCGGGAUAGUAGUCUGGACUCCGAGACAACAUUCACGUCGCCAGCGAGGCAACAACCGGAGGCAACCGCAACCGCCGCAGCCAAGCCGCAGGACAAUGCCGAACAGGAAGCAGAGGGCGACGGCGAUGGCGAAGGCGAUGGCGAAGGCGAGGGGGAAGCUGAAGGUGAGGGCGAGGCAAACGACGAGCAGCGUGCGCUGUUGCAGCCACAAAACCGCGACGAAGAGAGCAAGGACGAUGGCAAAGGAUCUGGAGGAGGAGGAGGAGGAGGCGCUGCAACAACCUCAAGCUCUGGAGGAGGCGGGGCAACGUAGCAAUUAGUGAAGACAGACACCAAGAGCGCUUAGUAGUUAUUGUACUAUAUAAAUAUUAUGAAAUGAAAUCGUAAGGGAAAUCCAACAAAAUUGAAAUCCCACACUCAAAAACACACUCAAAAUACAAGAAAACUCAAAGUGAUAGCAAAGUUAGCGAAAAUGGAAUGUGAAUUAUAUAAAAGCAAUGAACAGUAUCCUAGUCUAAAUCGUGGUGCAGAUAGGGAAGCGUUGACGUUGAAUAUUUUUACAAAUACAAUAACUGAAACCGCAUAGAAUCCAAAAACAAUGAACAAGAACAGCAACUGAAACUACUCAAAAAGCAAAAAAAAAAACACAAAACCCAAUAAAAAAAAAAAACCAAAUAUAAAUAAAUAAUAAAGCAAAUAUCGUUGCAAUGCCGCGCAUGCCGUACAAAACAGAACAGAGAAAAACAGCAAAAUAUAAAUACAUUUUACAUGUAAAUAGAACCCUAAGCUAAUGCUAAUCUAUUGUAAAUGCAAAAACAAAUUUAUUUACAGCUUGCAGCAACAUACAUAUAUAGACGAAAUCACCAGAAAAGCCUACAAAAAAGUGUCGAGAGUAAAUAGAAACAAAUAACAAAUAAUAUUCAUAUUUUAAAAUGCAACAAAACAAAAACUCUUAUAUACAAUAAUACUAUAUAUACACACAUCCAUUUUGCAAUUACAAUUCGCGGCAUAUUUACAUACAUAGGUAUACAACAACAACAACAACAAAGAAUACUAAGAAAAAACAAACAAAAUAAAUAUUUAUGAAAAUACUAAGAAUAUUUUUGUCAAAUCUCACAAAAAAAGAAGAAAAAGACAUCAUAUGGCAACCCAUAUACAUAUAGUUAAAUUGAUCAAAAAAUUCAUAAACUACAAAAAAAAAUUGAAAAAAUCUAAAAAAAAAAUACCAAAGUAGAUAAAAAUCGUUACGCAAAGUUCGUUUCUAUGUAUGUGUAAAUGGUAAGGCUUCUUGUUAGUGCUUCAUUUUGCCCCUCCCACAAAUUAAAUGAAAUUCUUAGAAUUUAAACAAAAGCCAUAACUAUAUAAGAAAUGAUUCCACAAUUUAUUGUGUUGUAACUCAAAUUUUGGAAUUCUCAAUUCUCUUCAUAGUACUUUAAUAGUUUCUCCAUUUAACAAUUCUAGUUGCAACACAAAAGAAUUAGAACUCUACUAUAUAUGAAAAGAUUCUAUAAUUUAUUGUGUUGUAACUCAAAUUUUGGAAUUCUCAAUUCUCUUCAUAUUACUUUAAUAGCUUCUCCAUUUAACAAUUCUAGUUGCAACACAAAAGAAUUAGAACUUUUCUUAUAUAGAUUUCCCCCAUUUAUUUUUGCUUUAAGCCAUUAACUAACUAUCGUCUUAGAUCUAUAACAUGUACGUAAUUCACUAAAGAGAUUGUUUCGGUGUAGUAGAAAAAAACAAACAUUAUAAACUAGUUUAAUUUGUGGUUUCUGUUGAGAUAUUGCAUAGUGAUAUUUUGUGCGUCAGUCGCAGCUUUUUAUGUGUGAGCGUCGUCGUCCUAUGUGUUAGUUGAAAGUUAACCAAAUGGUACUUCAAAAGUAACAACUACUCGUAAAGUUAUAGUUUGUAAUCCCUUUACCUAGGAUAUUGUAAAACUUCUCUCUUGUUUUCUGUUCUCAAAAACACCCACAUAAGCAAUAUAUAUGAGCACCUAAAUCUAGAGAAUUUGUUGUUAUGUUAGUUUCAUGCCCUUGAUUUUUCACAGUGUAUCUCCAAGACAACAACAACAACAACAAGAACAACAAAUUACAAAUAUUUAGUCAAUUAUUCAAGAUGUAUGUUACAAAUUGUUUGUGUGUCCCUCCUCUAAGUUGUGCCCGAAACAUUCCAUGUUGUGUGUAUUGAUAUUGAUAUUGAUUGAGAUAAUUGAGCGGAGCGUCGUAAAUUUAUUGAAUUCGCAUUAUAACAAAAAACAAACAUCGCAUUUGAUAUAAUAUUCUAGGCAAAUCGCAUAUCGCAAAUCGCAUGGCCAGCCAGCAAAACGAGUUUCUAUUUAUGCAAGCAGCAGCAAUUUUUACGCUAAAGCAAAACCAAUAAAUUCAAGCAUUUAUUAAAUAAUUACAAAUUAUUCCUACAGAUAUUAAGCAUACGUCAUGCAUUGCGAACGCAGAAACAAAAUUCAAAUUACAAUUAAUUACAAUUAAUAAACUGUUGUGAGAAAAGUAAAACAAAAAAUGAAGAUAUAUUGAAUAACAUUUAAUGAAGCCUCGAGUGUCCAACAUAAAUCUUGUUAGGUUCGAUUGGUUGUAAACCCCUUAAAAAAAUAUCCAUGAGUCCUAAGAAACGAAACCUAACAGAAAUUCUAUGUAAUUUUUCAGAAAGGCAAGCAUAAAUAUGAGAAUGAAACGUCAAGAGCCAAACAAAAAUUGGAUGAAAAUCAAAUGCAAAUUAGCCUCUUAGAAACAUAUCAGUAAAGGAAUACGAAUUCACUCACACGCAUACAUCCACACACACACACACACUCAAACACACAUACACACAAACAUGCACUGUAAAUUCACAAAGAACAUUGAAUUUUAUUAUGAGAAGCCAACAAAUCUCAACGUCCGCUUUUUCAACUUAAAAACCCAAAAAGGAGAAUAUAAAUUUAAAAUAAUAUUUAUAAUAUUAACAUAAAGCCAAGAAUUCGAUUUAAAGGUAAAUGAAAAAUGUGUGUAAUUUACAGCAUUAGAUUAAAAAGCUUAAUGCAACCAAACAAUUUUGUAAGCAAUUCGUUUCGAAGUUUCUACACAACUUUUGGUGAGCACUGGCCACAUUCCACGUUGCGUAUACUUAAUUUGUAUUGUAAUUGUAAUCACAUCACGCAGGAUAAAUAAUAAUAUAAUAACUUUUGUAAAUAUUUAUUUCACACACACACACACACACACAACAACAACAACAACAACAACUCUGACAAACCGUUUCUCAUGAUAGUUUUUUAUUCAAUAAACGAACAAAUUUGAAAUUAUAUAAAUGAAUCAAAUGGCACUGCAAUUUUUAUACAAAAAUCGUUUCGGUUUGCAAAUUGUUACUAUUUUUCUAAAUUAUUUUUAAACAGCUGCAGCUGUAAAUGCAUUAACAUUAAUAUUAAAUGAAACAGCAAAACAGCAACCAUGCAACAAGAGCAAAAGAAAAGAACGCAAAAUGUUUUUAUGUAAUAUUAAUUAUGAUAUUAAAAAUUAUUUAAUAAACGAUAUGUACAUUUUAAGAUCGUCAGUCAGCGACGACAACUGUAAAUCAGCAAACGUGAAUACCAUUAACAAAGAAAACCACACACAUAAAACAAAAACUAAAACACAAACCAUAAGCAAAUUAAAAUCGUUGAAAAGAAACAAAAAUAAAAUUUAUUAAAACAUAUUAAAAACUAUAUUGAGCGAAAUAUCAUGGAAAUAUAUAAAUCAUUG